UGGACUUGUUUAAAAAUUUAUCAUUUACAUGUUUAUACAUUUCGUAAAAGUUUCUUAUUCAGGAUUCAAAAUGACUAAUAAGUGUGCAGUGUGUCAGAAAAGAGGAAAACCAGGGGAUUGUUUAUAAUUUCACUGGUUAGUAAACAAAACUUAUGACAUUGACUUGAUUGAAGGGAAAAAAAUACAGUGUCGGAGGUGCAUGUAGGCCACAAAAAUACAACAUGAACAUGGAGAAACCCGAGGAAAAGCCCAAAGUCAACAUCAGUGAAAAAAUUCAACAAACAAUAAGGGAAAGAGAACGACUCCAGCAAGAAUUGCAAGCUAUAAUAGCGUCAGGUAUUCGAGGACCAAUAGAUUCCGUCACACCCAUUCCCGUAACGCACAACUUAAUCCCAGAAUCAGUGAAUAAAGUGCAAAUCAUCAAAAGCUACGAUCCAAAACAUUCCGAACGCGUCAAGGAACCUCCAGUUUCUCCAACUAAAAAAUCCAAAACAUAUAAUGUUGAGCAUGCCAGAGGAUACAUAAAAAAACAAAAAGAUAAACGAAUGGAGGAGCUGAGAAAUCGAAAAGUUGAUACAAAGCUAGCUGCCCAAUUGAGAAAAGAAAAACUUGAAGAACUAAGACAAAAAGCAAGUGAGAUUGUAAAAAAAAAUGUUGAAACAAAACGAGCAAGAUCGAAAUCUAGAGAAGCGCCAAUAGUCAGAUCUUUAUCUGGAAACAGAACACAAAGGUCACUUUCGCGAGAUAAUGGAGGUAGUGAAAGCCGCCUGGAUCCUAAUUUAUUGUGCCCACCCGAUCCUGUCUAUGGACUUAGAAAGAUAGAGCCCAAAAAUGGAAAGGAAAAUCAUGAAAAAAUUAACAAGCCCCCAGCUCUAACAAAAGUGACUAUUCCCAUAGAUGCAGAAUUAUCCAAAGAAAAAAUAGUCAUUCAUAGCUCUAAUCGUGCAAGCAGAAGUCGCCUAAUGGAACCUGGAAAAAAACCCAAUUUAUUGUGUCCUCCUAAUCCUGUUUCCUCAGAGAUUCAAAGUAUUGUAGCUCCCAAUGUAAAGGAAAAUGAGAGAAAUAAUGAAAUGCCACCUCCAGAAGUGCCAACCAUGGCUGGUAAAAAUGUCUCCGAAUCACUUCAACCAUUAGAAACCUCCGCAUCAAUCAAAAAAUCAUUCCAGUCUCAGUCCAAAUCUGACUCUAGAAAUAAAAAUCUUGAGAUUAUAUCAAAUAUUACUUUAAGGCGUUCCAAUGAUAAUCUUUCACUUCUGCCAGAGCUAACACCACAAUGGCUUCAGACACAACCUCCAUCAAGUGAUCCAUAUAAUUUCAUAAACACAGUGAAAAGACAUUUAAAAUAUGCAGUCGAAGAACAGAAACCGAAUUUUGUCGAUGUCGGAGUGCAAGGCGAUCUUGAUUCGUCAAAAAGUAGUAAAAAAUCGGACUUAAAGUCAUUCUUAUCUCAUAGGUUACGCAAAGGUGGUCCUACCAUAACGCAACCAUCAACAAGCGAUUCAGAUACUUCCAAAAACAUUCCCAGCAUCUCUAGUGAGAGUGGAACGUCUCUGCGAAAAAAUGCCGAGUUUUUACGACAAUCAUAUGUAAUUUCUGAUCUUAAGCCACUGACAGAUGCCCCUCCUAACCUUGAUGCUAAGAAAAUUGAAGAUGUUAGACUUAAUGAUGGUGUUAAUAAAGUAAGGAAGCAUUUAUUCAAAGACUUCAUUGAAGUCAGUCCUUCUGGGAAGCGCGAUUCCUUUAUAUCUGGAAAUUGUGCUAAGAAAUCUCCAAAUAGAAUUCCACUCGUUACGCCCAUGGAAUCUGAUGCAAAAUCCUCCACAAACUCUGAAUUAAAUAAAGCUCUACAGGAAUCACAACCUAUAUCAGAAGUGUUAAGUACAAAUUCUGAAAAUAUAACAUGUAAUGAAGGAUCUGUUAAAAUCAUUUAUGGAAAUUGUUCCAAAAAGUUUCGCAGUGGGAUUUGUAAACCUAAAUCAACGGAAUUGAAGCAGAAAAUUGCUUUUUCGUUAGGCCAAGACAGCUCUAGUGGUAUAGAAAGUUCUCAAAAAUAUACAUCUCUAUUUUCUACUUUACGUCCGUCAACAGAAGAUUCACAUUCCAAGAAAAAAAUUCAGUCUCUCAGUAAAAGUAGUGGAACGGCUGAAGCUUACACUAAAUUUUCUAAUGAUUUGUCGUUGAAUAGAAAAACCCAUAGAAGGUCUAUAGAAACGCAGUCACAUAAAAAUACUUCGUCUGAAUCGUUGGAUACUAUUAAAAGUUCUCUAGAGACUUCAAUAAAUCAGGAGCUUUUGUCCGAUGUUACAGCGAGAAGAAGUAUUACCAUUAGGGAGAGGUAUCAAGAAGAGUCGGAAAAACAGAGAAAUUCUUCGUUUGAAUCAUUCACUAAUAAUAUUAUAAGUGACUUGCAGAACAGUGCCACGGAGCUAGUUUCAGGUAGUUCACAGAGCAUACAUUCAGAAAUUGAAAAUCCACAUAGCUCCAACAAAUUAGAAAGUAGCCUAGGUAUACAAAAACGAUCAAGCUCUAAACAUUCACAAGAUUUAUUUAAAACCAAAUCUGAAAAUCUGAUUCCCAAAAAUACAUUAAAGUCUAGAAAUCUGUUGUCAAAAUCAGAAACGAACAUUUACGAUCAUAAAGAAACGGCGAAUCUUCCAAAGUUGUCAUUAAAUAUAGGAAUAGGAAAGACCAACAGAAAAGUUGAUAAUAUCGUGAACCUGAAAAAUAUCACUAUUAGAUCUGGAGAUCGAAAUUGUGAUAAAUUUAAUUCUGCUCAUGAGAUUCAUUUGAAAUUUGAAGCAGAAAUUGACUUGCUAACUGAUUUUAAUCAAACAAUAAGACGUUUCUCGGAAAUUGAAAAAACGUUUGAAUCUCUGCGGAUCGAAAAAAACAACACGGAAAUGGUGACGAAAGUGCUACAAAACCGAGACACUCAGACAUCUAUUGCCUCUGCAUCAGCAUCAAAAAAUACUCCAAGUGAAACAAAAAGCUCCGAAAACGCAACAGUUGAAUCCGAUACUCCUGAUAAUCAACAGUCAUUGAGGCUUAUCCAAGAAAACCAACAAAGUUUAAAUCUAACCGGCGCAUCAAAUAUGGGCUUUGGCUUAACCAGCGUCAACAUAGAGGAUACCUUACUGGAUAACACUGACAACACAAGCUCAAUUAUGCUAAAAAUGACCCAAACGAAUUUCGAAGAAUCUCCAAGGGGUGGCGAUUUUGUAUCAGACGAGAAUGCUGUAUUUAGAAGCGUUGUUGGGAUGUCAUUAAAAAUGUUUGAUCAGAUGAUUAAGGACGAAGAUUCUCGCAUAGAAAACUGGAAAAAAGUGGUGAAAAUACGCGAACAGGCCCUAUUGGACCGAACCAAGGGUGAAUUAGUUUGGCUGGAAAUGCAAAAAAAGCAACUAAUUGAGACAGGCAAACUAACAGAAGCAUCUGUGAUCAAGAAAAAGCAGCGAGGUAUCAUCCUGAAGCAUCAGCAAGAGAGAAAUGAGAUGCAAAAAUUAAAACAAAUGCAAAAACAAGAUUCUCAAAACCGCAAAGCUCUCCUAAAACGAGAAAGAAAUGUGAUCAAGUAUCAAAUGCUGACCGAGACGCCGUCCAAGGUAAAGUCUUUCAGUCACAGAGAAAAGAGCGACCGAAGAAUUUCCGGGCCGUUUAAAGUUAUCCAGAACAGCGAGUCAACAACCACUACGGUGCAUUCGGAGGGGAGCGCUCUUGGAACUGAUCUGGAAGUGAAAAGUAUUACAACUAGGACUUCUAUGUCCCAUUCGUUGGUCAAUGCAUCUGAAACGUUCAACAACAACAAUAUUAAUAAGGAUCUGGAAAUGUUGGAUUUGGCUGUCAAAAGAGCCGACAAAGCGAAUGUUAGCACCAAUGAUAUACUCUUGAUGAAACAGACCCUACUGAUGCGAGAACAUGCAUUGGCCAAAAGAAGAAAAGCUGUUGAGGAUCUACUACAAUGGCACAAAAAAUUAUUGGACGAAGAAAAAUCCAUAGAAAAUAUGGAAAAGAAGAUCGGUACGAUAAUUUCAAAAAUACCUAACAACAAAACCUUAUUGCCACCAGAUUCCAAUAUACCUUCAGAAGUGCCCAGUACUGUGGAACAACCUGCUAGUUUAGAAAAAAAUACUCAGUCAGAAGAAUCAAACCAAGCCACUUAUUACAGUACAGAUUUUGAGGUAGAUACUGCACCCCAGGAUAGUCAAAAUUCUGACGAGCAAAGUAGUAUAUCGUCUAUUAGCCAAUUGAUAGGAGACCUUGGCAAAAUCGAGGAGAAUAUAAUGAAUUUAAUGCCUAAAGAAUCAAGUAACAAGGAAAUUAGUGAAACCGUUGAAGAAUCAGUGAUAUUUGUUGAUGAAAUAAAAAGUGAAGAAGAAGAAACUGCACCGAUUAGCGUGGAACCAAUAGUUACUGAAAAUAUUAUUAGUGAAGAAUUUAUUAAAGAAUCAAGUAGUGAAGAACAAAAUACUGUAGAAGAAGAGACUAUUUCAAAAGAACCCACUUUCAUUAAUGAAGAAGCUAUUGAAAUUCUUGAUGAAACCUUAGAAGAACACAUUACUGAUGCAAUUAGUGAACAGUUGGAAUCAUCAAAAUCCCCAGAACCUUUACUUCAAAUAGAAACAAUACCAAUACCAAGUAAUGAGGAAGAUACUUCUAGUCCAAGGCAAAAUGAGGAAAUCCAAGAUAUUCCCGAUCCAGAACCGUCAACAUCUCAUCCAUCUAGCAGUACUCAAGAGGAAGAUAUUUCUGAAGAAAGUGCUGAAGAAGCUGAAGACGAGCAUCAAAAUAAAACCGAUGAAGAAAAAGUCGCAGAAAGAGGAAUUCAAAGUAUUGAAGAAAUACCUCAGGCAACUGAAGUGAGUCAAAUACUUUCUCCUAUAGCAAAUAAUUUAGAAAUAGAGGAAAUCGCAAAUGAUGAUAGCAAUAUAGAAACUAGUCAAAAUGAAGAUGUUGCAAGUAUAAUAGAGGCUCCAAGUCACCAAGAAGUAAAAUCCAUUGUAGAAGAAGUUGUUAGCUUAGAUACUUCCGGCUCAUCUUAUAGUUCAGAUUCUGCUGUGGUCUCACCAAUUAGUUCGGUGACAACCCCUCCAACAACUGCUUCAGGAUCGCAAAAAUCUCCUAUUGAUAUUACCAAAUCACCAACUGAUUCUCCGAAGCAUGUCGAAGAAUUGCUGAAUUUGCCAAAAAAAGAUAAGAGCCCCAGGAUGCAGGAUUUGUGUUUGGGUACCGAUACUACUUUUUCAAGAGAAGCUUCGUCAGAUACAGGUUCAACACUGAAUGGAAAGGGACCAUUUUUGUUGGGUAGUGAAGCUGAAGAGCUUCACAGAAAGCAACUGGCUAUUGAACAAGAGAUCAAACUCCUCAAAGAACAGCAACAGAAAGAAGCAGCAUCGCCGGUCUACGUCAGAGAAAUACCAAAUAAGCCUCCUCCGCCCUACACGCCACCAUUCAAGACGAAGUCCCCAAAAAGUCCUUCUAUUAUACCAGCAACUAAAGAUGAAAUUGAACAAAUCACCGAGUAUUCGGCAAAAAUUAUCUAUAAAGCGUAUCUGUCGAAUAAUUUGGAUAAUAUCAGUAUUUCGGAUAAUACGCUGAAUUUGAUAGCUAAAAAUAUUGAUAAAGGAUGCUAUAAAUACAUCUUCGAUCUCUGCAAAGAGGUAGCCAGAGACCAUUACAGUCAAUUUGCUGAUGAUACUGGACCGACAUGGAUGCAACUGGACAGAAGAAUCACGUUGGCCCCGGCCAAACCGCUGGAUGUCAACGGUUUGAAGAAGCUGAUGACAAAAAGUUUACUGGAGCUAUUCGGCUUCGAAAAUCAGCAUUACAAACAGGAUAAUGCUGUGAUGAGAUGGUCGAAGAAGAAACGGGAUCAUGUGGACCAGGUUUUAGUUCAGGAGAUGCAAGCGGAAGAAUCCACAUGGACUAACUUUGAUAAAGAUGAGGCCUUAAUCAAAGAUAGGCUGACAACCGAAAUAAUGGAAAUACUGCUUAAAGAGGCUGCUAUGGUGAUAGAAAACGCAUUCCAGAAGAAAAUCGGAUCGAAUAUAUAAGCAAUUUAUUAAAUUUUAAGAACAGAAUGGUAUUUUUGUAAGUUAUUUAUCGGUUAUCUUUUGAGUAGCAAAUUGUUUAGAAAAAAUACAUAUUUUGUUUCCAUGAAACCAAUGUGAUAGGUAUAUGUAAAAAAAAAUCAUCAUUGUUGAUUACUUAAGUAUUUUAAUCUUAAAGAUUAUUAUUUUAGAAAGUAAGAAGGAUGUAAGUAUAUUUUUUAAUUUUCCAAAAAUUAUUUAGUUAGAGUUAUAUUAGUACUUUUGAGAAUUGUGUAUUUUUUUAUUUUUGUAUUUUUCACUUUAAUAAAAUAAGUUUAUCAUUUUAAUCGAAGAGUAUUUUCACUUCAGGUCCCAGGAUUAUGAGACAAACAAAUAUCAUUACUGUUAUUAAAGUAGGGUUCUCAGAGUUGAUGAUUGACG